CUGGGGACGAGUAUGCAUGCCGCGGACAUGCGCAUUUAGUGUUUAUCUUGUGACAAAGCCUUCACUCCUUGGUUUGAACUCACUGGUUGAACGUUGGACGCGCUAAGUAUUGUUAAACUCACGUUAUAUUACAUUUAAAGAUAACAACGAAGGGACAUUAGUUGUACAAUGGGCGUGGCUAAAAUUCUGCUGAUUGUUGGUAGCAUUGGUGCAUUCAUCUUUCUUGCCGCUUGCACAGGCGGAAACUACUGGAUUGUGAGUAAAUUACAGAGUGAUGUUGGACGAGGAUUGUGGAAAAGCUGUAGUAUGAUCACUUGUGUUUCCAUUGAUGAUAUUUAUGACUUAGCUGGCCUUAAACUUAACGAUUGGUUCAAAACUGUUCGCGCAUUCGCCAUCAUAUCAUGUUUAGCUGCUGUUGGUGGUAUACUGAUGUCGAUUUUAGGAAUGGUUUCUGAUAAAGUUAAAGGAUGGUUCGCAUCUCUUUUUUUAUUCGCAGCUGCAGGUUGCAUGGCACUGGCCUUGAUAAUCUAUAGCAGUAAGAUAGACAUAAAUACCGACUACGUAAAAUAUGGAUGGAGUUACAUCUUGGGAUGGAUCGGUGCUAUCGGAGGGAUUGGAUCAGGAAUUUUUGGAUUAUUAACAGAAAAGUUUUGAAAUAGGAAAAACUGAAUUGGACGUUGUUUAUGUAAAUAAUAAACAACGCUUUUUUUACUAAAUUUUCGGAUGCAAAGUUUUUUGACUAUGAGCAGUGAAUUAGUAUAAUGGUGAAAUUGAUAAAAAAAAUUACAAUA